CAAAACAAAACUAGUUGACGCGGAGAAGGAAAACGCGUUUUUGAUUUUUAUUUUGUAUUGUUAUUUACAAUGGCUGACGUUAAGGUAGAAAUAGCAGCCUGUAGCUCUUCUUCUGCUGAAUUGAUACAGAGUACAAACGCAACGUCUCAGCCCAACAACCCGCUGUCGAGGAAGCUGAAUAAAAUAUUGGAGACGCAGCUUGACAAUGACAAGGAGAUGCUGGAGGCUCUGACGGCUCUGUCGGCGUUCUUCACCGAGAACAGCCUGCGCACACGGAGGAACCUGCGCGGUGACAUCGAGCGAAGGAGCCUGGCCAUCAACGAGGACUUUGCGCGGAUAUUUAAAGAAGUCAAAGACGAGCUGGAGAGCGUUCACGAGGACGUUCAGGCCAUGACCACCUGCUGUGCGGAGAUGACCAGCAGGUUAAAGGCUGCCAAGGAUCAAACUCAAGACUUGAUUGUGAAAACCAACAAGCUUCAAGGAGAAAACCAUCGCCUGGAGAUGAGGGCCCAGGUGGCUCGGGCCUUCCUCGCCAAGUUCCAGCUGUCCAGUGAGGAGAUGAGCACACUGCGAGGGGCCAGGGAUGCUCCCAUUACAGAGAACUUCUUCAAAGCCCUCAGUCGAGUGAAGCACAUCCACGAGGAUGUUAAAGUACUGCUGCGGACCAACCAGCAGACUGCGGGGCUGGAGAUUAUGGAGCAGAUGGCCGUGUUGCAGGAAGCGGCGUACGAACAACUGUACCGCUGGGCACAGAGUGAGUGCAGAGGUCUGACCCAGGAGACGUGUGAUAUCAGCCCCAUACUGACUCAAGCCAUGGAGGCCCUACAGGACCGUCCUGUCCUUUACAAGUACACCCUGGAUGAGUUUGGGACGGCGCGCAGGAAUGCAGUGGUGCGCGGCUUCAUCGAUGCCCUGACGCGCGGGGGGGCGGGCGGAACCCCCCGUCCCAUUGAGAUGCACUCGCACGACCCAAUGAGGUACGUGGGAGACAUGCUGGCCUGGCUACACCAAGCCACCGCCUCUGAGAAGGAGCACCUGGAAGCGCUGCUCAAUCAAGUCACUCUGCAGGGCGUGGAUGACAACAUGCAAGAGGUGGUUGGACACAUCACAGAAGGAGUGUGUCGGCCUCUGAAAGUCCGGAUGGAGCAGGUGAUCGUGGCCGAGCCGGGCGCUGUAUUGCUUUACAAGCUGUCCAAUCUGCUCAAGUUCUACCACCACACCAUCAGCUCCAUCCUGGGAACCAGCGUAGCCUCUUUGCUAAUGACGAUGGAGGAGAUGCACAUACUCAGCAAAAAGAUGUUUUUCAACAGCCUUAGCCUUCAUGCAAGCAGACUUAUGGACAAGGUGGAGCUCCCACCUCCUGACCUGGGCCCCACCAUUUCCCUCACCCAGACGUUGUCCCUCCUCAGGGAAAUUCUGGCUUCUCACGACUCCUCCGUGGUUCCCGUGGGUGCUCGUCAGGCUGACUUUGCCCAGUUCACGUGCGCCCCCUUGGCCCACUCCCAGGUGCUCUCCUGCAUUCUGGACCCCCUCCUGCAGCUGUGCACGGUGUCAGCCAGUAACCUGGGCACGGCCGACAUGGCCACCUACAUGGUCAACUCGCUGUACGUCAUGAAAACCACGCUGGCGCUCUUUGAGUUCACCGACAAGAGGCUGGAGAUGCUGGAGUUCCAGAUCGAGGCUCACCUUGACACGCUGAUCAACGAGCAGGCGUCCUACGUGCUGACCAGAGCGGGCCUCAGCCACAUCUACAACUCCGUGCAGCAGCAUGGCGCCGAGCAGGGUCCUCUGUCCCUCCUGCCCAGCAUGGACGUGUCUUCAGUGAAAGCAGCUAUGGUCCAGUUCGACCGCUACCUGUCAUCUCCUGACAGCCUGGUGAUGCCUCAGCUCAACUUCCUGCUCAGCGCCGCCAUCAAGGACCAGAUCUUCAUCCAGUCCACCGAGCUGGUGUGUCGGGCGUACGACGAGGUACACUCGGCGCUCAGCAGCCCGGCCAACGCCUACAAAGAUGCCGAGCACCUCCUUCCCAGAUCCCCCCAGCAGGUCCGGACCUUGCUCUCGUGACAGACGCGUGGUGUCGUCCCCGUCUGGUCCCGCUGCAGGUUAUUUCCAGAGCGUUGUCAUGUGUAAUCAUAACACAGACACGUACACGUGUGGCCCGCUUUAGGUGGAGUUCUGCGGCCUGUGAGUCACCUCCGACGUCGUGUCUGUGGGGGCUCAGGAAUAUUGUUGUUGCAUUAAUAUACCACAAAGAGCUUUUUUUAUAUGAUUGGAUAUAAUAUAAAACAGAUGUUGAUGCUGAAUGAAAAA